UGUAACAUCUAACAGAACGUUGCAAAUUGUUGGUAUAAAUUAUAUUUUAACCAUAACCUUAUUUAAUUAUUAGUAUUAUUUAAAUACAGUUAAAAAAUGAAAGUCAAGAAAGUGAAAACUCAGAAAUCCUCUGUUCUCAACAAAGCAGUAAGCAACGUUAAGCAAGUUAUCAAGAAAAGAGACAAAGAAGCAGUUAAAAAGAGUCUUUUAAAAAAAUCUGACGAUAAAGAUAAAAAUAAAGAAAAACCAUUUAAAUCAACAAGAGGUGUUAUCUACAUUGGUCACAUACCAUAUGGAUUUUUUGAAAAUGAAAUGAAAGAAUAUUUUGAACAGUUUGGAAAAGUGACUAAAGUAAGAGUCGCUCGCUCCAAAAAGACUGGCAAAAGCCGUGGAUAUGGUUACAUUGAGUUUGAAAAUAUUGAAGUAGCAAAAAUAGCUGCAGAAACAAUGAAUAAUUACUUGAUGUGUGGCAGACUUUUGAAAGCAACUUUCAUUCCACCAGAAAAGCAGCACAAAGGCUUUUUCAUAGGGAAGCCUUGGACUUCUAAAAUAUAUCCAAAGGCUGUUAAUAGAGUAAAAGAAUUGAAAAAGAAUGAGAGUCUUAUAACUGAAAAAGUAUACAAAAAAAAUGUGAGAAGGUCACUUAGACAAUUGUCUGCAUUAGAAAAAAAAUUAAAAAAUGUUGGAGUCGAUUUGAAAUUUAAACCUGUAGAUGCUCCAAAAUUAUAGUUUAAAUAUAGAUUUUUAUUUAAACUUAUACCUUAAGUUAUUGCUAAUUUUUUAAAUCAAACAACUGUUAUCAAUUAAUUUCACCGGUUGUUUCUCAAAUAAAUUGUCAGUAAAAAUGAUAAGAUAAACAUUUACCGAUAAGUAUUUACCGAUUUUACUUAGGAUUCACUCAAGUGACAUUUCAUGUAAGCUCAAGACAUAAUUUCUGUUUAUAUUUUUCUUUUAAAAAAGUAUCAGUUUAUAAAAAAUAAAUAAAUAUAUUUAAAAAUGAAAAAUUUGACAAAUAUUUUUAUAAUAGCAUUAACGAUAAAU